GAAGAGGCAUCCCCACUAGAGUCCAGGGUUCCUAAAAAGGAAAGGUACAAGGUUGGUUCAGAUGAGAGACUUCAUAGAUCAAAGGCAGGCAGGGCAUACUUCCUGUUGCCCAGACCUUAUAUAAAAACGUCAUGAUCGCUUUGGCUGCAGAGACGCACCUAGCACUGACCCAGAGAGUGCAGCCUGAGGUUUUCUGAGGACCACAAUGAACAAGUGGCUGUACUGUGCACUUCUGGUGCUCCUGGACAUACCUGAGUGGACCACCCAGGAACCAGUUCCUCCAAAGUACCUUCAUUAUGAUGGAGAAAGCGAGCGUCAGAUCCUAUGUGACAAAUGUCCUCCUGGUACCUACCUAAAACAGCACUGUACCGUGAGAAGGAAGACACUGUGUGUCCCCUGCCCUGACCACUCUUAUUCAGACAGCUGGCACACCAGUGAUGAGUGUGUGUACUGCAGCCCGGUGUGCAAGGAACUGCAGUCCGUGAAGCAGGAGUGCAACCGCACCCACAACCGUGUGUGUGAAUGUCAGGAAGGGCGCUACCUGGAGUUGGAAUUCUGUUUGAAGCAUAGGAGCUGCGCCCCAGGGUUCGGAGUGGUGCAGGCAGGAACCCCGGAGCGAAACACAGUUUGCAAAAGAUGUCCAGAUGGGUUCUUCUCAAAUGAGACAUCAUCGAAAGACCCCUGUAGGAAACACACGAACUGCAGUGCACUUGGCCUUUUGCUAAUUCAGAGAGGAAAUGCAUCUCAUGACAACGUAUGUUCUGGAAACAGAGAAGCAUCGCAAAAAUGCGGAAUAGAUGUCACCCUGUGCGAAGAGGCCUUCUUCAGGUUUGCUGUCCCUACCAAGCUCACGCCGAACUGGCUCAGUGUUCUGGUAGACAAUUUGCCUGGGAUGAAAGUGAACACAGAGAGCGUCGAAAGGAUAAAGCGGAGACACAGCUCACAAGAACAAACUUUCCAACUCCUGAAGCUAUGGAAGCAUCAAAACAAAGACCAAGACCUGGUGAAGAAGAUCAUCCAAGAUAUUGACCUCUGCGAAAGCAGUGUUCAGCGGCAUAUCGGCCACGCCAACCUCACUGCAGAGCAGCUUCACGUCCUGAUGGAGAGCUUGCCUGGGAAGAAGAUUGGCCCAGAGGACAUAGAGAGUACGAGGAAGACAUGUAAACCGAGCGAGCAGCUCCUCAAGCUGCUCAGCUUGUGGAGGAUCAAAAAUGGAGACCAAGACUCCUUGAAGGGCUUGAUGUAUGCCCUCAAGCACUUGAAAACACACCACUUUCCCAAAACGGUCACCCACAGUCUGAGGAAGACCAUCAGGUUCCUGCACAGCUUCACUAUGUACAGGUUGUAUCAGAAGUUGUUUUUAGAAAUGAUAGGGAACCAGGUCCAGUCCGUGAAAAUAAGCUGUUUGUAACUAGAAAUGGUCGCUGUGCUGUUUCUUCAGGAUGGGCCAACUCUGAUGGAUGGAGAAGACUGUUUCUCGAGGCUCUUAAAAAGGCACAGUGAUCCCUUUCACAUCGACGGUGGGAAUGAAGACACCCCCAAGCACACACUUCGUAUUAAGACUAUUGGGGACUGAGUAAUGAAGUGAGGCAGGCUGUUUUGUAACUUUGCAAAGCCAGGUGUCAAUACAGAAUGGCAGCCAUGCUGACUGAGAGGGGAGGGUAUUUUAUUAUAGCCCCACACAUAGGUCCCUUUCUGCCUUUCCUCAUGGCUGAGUAACCAGAAGGUUUCUGCUAUUUUACAUGCCAGCCAUGUCUUAUUCUUUACUCUAUACUGUUUGUCUUUUGCAUGCUCUUUGUUGGAAUGGUUAUCAGGUGCAUGGGUCUUGUCACAUUUUCAGGUUCUUAGGCAAGAUGACAGUUUCCCCUCUGAAGAUUUAAUUUGGGUUGGGGAGUUGGCUAGACAACCAGGGGUAGGUUUCGGGAGUAUUUUUUUUAACAGCCUGCUACCAAGAACCGUAUUUCAUGUUCAUCUGUAGUUGGACCUAAGCGGACUCAAAGUAGUUUUCUUUUGAAAAUAACCACCGAAAUUUAUUUCUUGCACCAACCAUGACUGACUUUGUUGCAGGGCACUAAAAGAAACUAGGAUAUGGAGGAAGGAUUGAUGUCUCCCCCAACGUCCAACAAAUCCCCAGUAGUUUAUCCAGCUGUCAUUUCUGGCCCCGUAUCUACUGACUACAUGUUCUCUUAUUACUGCUUGCAGUAAUUCAACUGGAAAUAAUAGUAAUAGUAAUACAAUCUAGACUCCAUUGAAUCUCUCUAAAUAUGGGAAUCUCACACUUAAAAAGCUCUGAGAUUUCAGUUGUGUCAGAGGCUUUUAUUAGAAAGCCAAUGUUCUUUGGUAAAAGUUACUAAUAUAUCUGUAAGACUAUUACAGUAUUGCUAUUUAUAUUCAUUCAGAUAUAAGAUUUGUACAUAUUAUCAUCCUAGAGAGAAAUGGUGUAAGACUUAAUUUUAGAAAGAAAAAAUAUUCGUGUUUAUUGUUAUGACAAAAGAGAUAAAAUAUAUUUUUAAUAGAAACUUUGUGGGGUUUUCUAAUAGAUACUGCCAGUUUUCCAGUGUGGAAUGUUUUUAUAAUAUAAUUUUAUCUGUGUAAGAUGUAAUAUCAUUUUAUAGAAAAAUGCAUUAUAUAGUCAGUUGUUUAAUGUCAUAAAGUA